AUGGGACAGGGAAAUGAGCUGAAUGUUCCUGUUAAAAUGACCUGCUGUGAAAUCGUUAACAGUAUUGAGAACUCAGAUGUCAUUAUUACUAUGACCCUACUUGAAUCACGGGAUGAUGGUCAAAAAAUUGCAGCUGAGUUGUGGACAAGCCAUGGAAAAUCGCGGAAAAGCCAUAAGUGCCAGCAUAGUCAGCUCUACAGCGGCCUGCUUAGAACAACUUUAUGUCCUCCUUGUGCCAUCAGAACAGCGCAAAGGAAUUACGACUUUGGACAGAACCUGGGUGAUUGCAGUCCUGGGAACCAGAAUACAUGGGUUGACAGUGGAUCAUCUCGAUGCACUCCCUGGUGGUCAGAUUUGGCACUGCAGGCUGAGGAAGCCACGCCUCUUCACCUCUGCUGGGCAUGCUCAGCCUGGAGGCAAGGUAUAAAAGUUGCUGAAGGGAGAGGAUGCAGACUGCAGGCUCUCUCCAGGGAGCUGCCACAAGCCCUGACCCCAGAGUCAAGUCACGCAGAGCUCCAGAUGGAUUCCAGGCUGCCUGACAAAAGAGAGGAUGCUGCAUUGUCUGGAGCUGCGCCACGUGAGGACCCCAGAGACCCGUGGACCCUCGCUGACGAAGACAAGGGAAACGGAUAUGCGGCUAGGCUAAUAAUCCUGAUUUCAUACCGGACAGGAGAAGAGUUUGACUCAUCAGGAAAGACUGAGUGCAAGAUGUUUUGCAGAGCCUGGAGUCUUCUUCCUAAACAUUUGCAUCUAGGAGUGCUGGAUAAACAAUUUAUUAACAAAACAAAACUUUGUGUAUGACUCUCUAGCAAGUGACUCCAAGCUUUUGUUCUGGGUGAAAGGUAACUGUAUUUGAUUAAAAAAACCACCAUAUUAAACACUUGGUCCUCUUAAAGGAGAUUAGGCUAUUUCAGGCUUCCAAUUCAAACAGGCAUAGGCCCAAAAG